AUCAGCGGCCUUUCCUGUGUCACUUCCCCAUUGGAACAUGCAUAGAGAGGUACGCCAUUAUCCUACCUUAGGAGUAGAAUCGUCGUGAAACCAAAAGCAAAACCAAAACCAAUCCCGCACUCAUAGAAAGUGAGACAAACAUCCAGUGAUUGAUUGUUUGGAACGGAUCAGAAAUUGCUGAAUUUAACCCUUAACCCAAUCCUUGAGGAACUGAUCACAUAUGUAUUUCUCGUCUUGGAGGAGCUCUCAAGUGAAACCUGGAAGGUGGCAUGAUGCCAUCUUCGCCCCAUUACUCAACAUGAGACUGCAAAGCUAUUUAAUUGCCACUCUCUUCAUUGUCGGACUCGUUCCGAGGUCGGAAAGUGUUCCCCUCCACCCACCGCUUGGUGCACCCCAAAAUGGUGCCAUGAUGGCACAAAGGACGGCCUUGGAAGACAACGAAAACGCUUUCAAGGUGCCUUUUCCUUCGUCACCCGUUGGAUUUCGGUCCAAUGGGCAGGGCGAGGAAAUCAAUCUACUGGAGUACUUGAGACCUCAGAUGGCCGUCAAAAGCCACCAGAAGGCCGUCAAUGACGACGACGAGGAGGUAAACGUCAAUCAGGAUACAGCACAAGACAUGGAGGAGCUGCAACGUCUCCUGGAGUGGCAAAGGCAAAGGCAGAUGAUCCUGAGGAGUCUUAGACCGACGAAGGGCCUUCAGCAAUUCGGGCAUAUCCAGAAAUUCGGCGAACCUAGCCGCCCGAAGCGCCGUGGAUCCUGUUUGUUUCACGCGGGUUUGGCUCACAAUUGUGACUACAGGGACGUGGUUGGGGCCGUGAAUGCCAUCACUCAUUGGGGAUCGGAUAGUGGACCCGGUAAACGACGACGAAAGCGAUCGAUUCAACAACACGCCACAGACCAGAUCAUUCCCCGUUGGAAUUGAGAUCUUGGGACACCAUACAGUAACGAUCGACUUUAGGAGUCUUGUGGAACCAGGGUGGAACUUCAUCAGAACACUAUUUUAUCCAAUGCUGACAAGAUGGAACGAACUAUUUUGUCUAAUAUUAUUUAUCGAAUGAGCCGCCUUACGAGCCCUUUAUCAGGUUCUCAUCUUCGUAACCAGCUUUCUUCAUCUUGUUCUUAAGUGGAUUGAUUGAUUUCCUAAUCCAUCCCCUAUCGUUGUUCUCCCAAGUUUGGUUCAUAAAGAUGUUGCCCACGCCCCCCCUCCCCCCAAAUCUCCUUGGAUCACUCUCAAAUUGCACUCCAUGACGAUUUUGGCGCGUGCCGAUCCUCCCAAAUGGAAAACUGAACUGGUUUUUGAGCGACUUUGACAAGAGCAGAAUUGGUGGACAUUUACACGUUGAAAGAAUCCCUUUUUGUUGUGUUUGUCAUUAACUCUAUGCCAUUCUUACAUUGCAUUCACGAAUUUGAAAUAUAACAUCAACAAGAGAA